AUGGCUGCUGCGACUCUAUCGUGCAAACAGUUUUCAAAACCGCUGAAAGUAAAUGCAAGACAGCUUAGCAGAGGGGGAUCUCGUAUCAAUAUUGGCAAACAAAUGAAUAGAUGGCUGGCCUUGAAAGCCGGCAUGCGCAUGUGGAAAAAUGAAGAAGUGGCUAAAAUGCUCCUGGACAGCUGGUCUUCAGUCAAUGGCAUCAUCCUGGAUGAUGGUUCAGAGCUGCCAGCAGAGGAGGAAUCAUCAGACACAGAAGUACAGAACGAUGAACCAGAAGUUUAUAAUGAGAUAGAUGAAUUACCUAUUGAUAAUGGAAACCUGCCUAUAUUGGAGAGAAGAUUGGAAGACUGGGAGAUUUCUGCCAGUCAGAAAACUCCAUGUCAAGAUGUUGUGCCUGAGGCAUCACAUGUAUCAACUCCAGUGGCAGAGAAGCCUGAUUUAAAGUCUCCAUGUCUUCUUGAACCAACACAGACUUUAAAACAAACUGAAAGUCAUCAACACAUACAAAUUUCACCACCGGUGAAAAACCAGGUACAUGACUGUAAUCAAAAAGGGAAAAUUCAGAUUGUGAAAACAACUCAAAAUAUAGAUCUUCAAGGUUUGCUGAAUGCAGUACCAAUUCCAGCAGGGGCCAUCAAACAUUUGGUGCUUUAUCCUCAAACAGGGGUACUAAUAGUGUUUUACAGCAUUCUUAGCUUAGGACAGGUGACACAAUCGGACAGCGACACUUCACCAAUUAUAAGAGAAAUCAUAAAACAGGAGCCUGUGUCAGAAGAGGAAAUUGAUGACAAUGUUGGGACUAGUAAGCAAGUUAACCUAGAGGCUGAGGUGAUCUCAAGUAGCCAUGGUAACCAAGAGAUUGUGAAACAGGAAGUCAACAGUAGCCAUGGUAACCAACAGACUGUGAAGCAGGAAGUCUACAAUAACCAUGGUAACCAACAGGACGUGAACCAGAUACUCAAUAGUAACCUUGGUAACCAACAGAAUGUGAACCAGAUACUCAGUUGUAACUAUGGUAACCAACAGGACGUGAAUCAGAUAAUCAAUAGUAACCAUGGUAACAAACAGGAUGUGAAUCGGAUACUCAGUGGUAACCGUGGUAACCAACAGGACGUGAAUCAGAUAAUCAAUAGUAACCAUGGUAACAAACAGGACGUGAAUCAGAUACUCAAUGGUAACCAUGGUAACCAACAGGAUGUGAAUCAGAUAAUCAAUAGUAACCAUGGUAACAAACAGGACGUGAAUCAGAUACUCAAUAGUAACCAUGGUAACAAACAGGAUGCAAUUCAGAUACUCAGAAGUGACAAUGAAACUGGAGAAGCGGGAGAUGAUAUAGUUUUGAAUAUGUAUUGUAGCAGUGACGACGAUGCCGAUGAUGAAAGUGAUGAAAGUGAUGAAAAAACUACCACACCAAAUAUGUCGGGAAAUGCACAUAAAGAAGUAAAUCAAGCCAAAAUAAAAUACCCAACAACAGAGGCAAAACAGGCUACAAGGAAACGUGGCACAAAUUUCUCUAGUGAUGCUGACGGUGCAGUCAUGUCCCCUUCUCGUCCUAAAAAAGUACACUUAGAAUCUGAUGACACUGUCAACUCUUACCGCAGUGAAAGACUUAGGAAGAGAGGGAAAAUAUCAUUUGUUGAACUUUUGAAAGGAAAUGUUGUUUUUAAGAAAAACAGGAAAGGAGAAAUUUAUGCUAAAGAGAGAGAAGGUUUUAGUGAAACUGAAUCCAGUGGAAAAACGGAGCCUUCCAAAGGUAGACUAGCUAGUGUCACUGAUGGUAGGAUGGUGUCGACAUCUGAUACAGAAACAUGUAGUGAGCAUGAUGACCAGGAAAACAAUAAUUAUGAUAUCGAUGGUGAACAUAGUGAAGAUGAGGUUCAAGUUGACAAUUCUGUCAUAUGUUUGGAUGAAUAAGCCGCCGCCUUUUGAUAGAGAAGAAGGAGAUAUUGUUACAGAGAAUCGUUAAUCUAGGGGGAUAUGAGGAUUACGAGAAAGCCACCCGCGUGCCUGGAACUGUUAAUCUGGGGGGAUAUGAGGAUUCAAGAAAACCACCCGCGUGCCUGGAACUAUUAAUCUGGGGGCCGGGGGAUAUGAGGACACAAGAAAACCACCCGCGUGCCUGGAACUGUUAAUCUAGGGGGAUAUGAGGACACAAGAAAACCACCCGCGUGCCUGGAACUGUUAAUCUGGGGGGAUAUGAGGAUUCAAGAAAACCACCCGCGUGCCUGGAACUGUUAAUCUGGGGGGAUAUGAGGAUUCAAGAAAACCACCCGCGUGCCUGGAACUGUUAAUCUGGGGGGAUAUGAGGAUUCAAGAAAACCACCCGCGUGCCUGGAACUGUUAAUCUGGGGGGAUAUGAGGAUUCAAGAAAACCACCCACGUGCCUGGAACUUUUAAUCUGGGGGGGAUAUGAGGAUUCGAGUAAACCACCCGCGUUCCUGGAUAUGUUGUGUCAUUUGUUGGAUCUUGUUGCUAUGGACAUAUGGAUAUAAAAACUCAUUUUGUAAGUAGCAUGAUGACCUUUGAAAUGUUAAACUGAUAUACAUACUAUCAUACUGACACUGAGGUCAAAGGAAAAGGUGACUGUUUAUAUAUACAAUAUAAUAGGUUCUGUAAGGCUAAUAUGAACACACAAAGACUUUUCCCAGUGCUUCUUCGAAACAGUGCUUGCUUGAAAUUUAACUUUCUUGUCGAGAUAUCAAAGAUCAAAGUCACUGCCAUUUACAGUAGCAAACACUUCCAAAACCACAUUAUGCCUUUAAAUUUACUGAAAGCAACAUAUGCUUCGACCGUACUAUGAUUGGAUGUCUUAAUUUGUUUGUGGAGUGGGGUAUCUGGGAAACAGAAGCUUGGUGGAUAUGUACAGUGACUGUGAAGAUGUACACAGACUUGGAGAAGGUGUUAGAGAUUUGGUAGAGAGGUACAGAGAUUUGAUUGAGAGGAAGAAAUGUUACAGAGGUUUGGUAGAGAUGUUAGAGAUUUGGUAGAGAGGUACAGAGAUUUGAUUGAGAGGAAGAAAUGUUACAGAGGUUUGGUAGAGAUGUUAGAGAUUUGGUAGAGAGGUACAGAGAUUUGAUUGAGAGGAAGAAAUGUUAGAGGUUUGGUAGAGAUGUUAGAGAUUUGGUAGAGAGGUACAGAGAUUUGAUUGAGAGGAAGAAAUGUUACAGAGAUUCGGUAGAGAGGUACAGAGAUUUGAUUGAGAGGAAGAAAUGUUACAGAGGUUUGGUAGAGAUGUUAGAGAUUUGGUAGAGAGGUACAGAGAUUUGAUUGAGAGGAAGAGAUGUUAGAGGUUUGGUAGAGAUGUUAGAGAUUCGGUAGAGAGGUACAGAGAUUUGAUUGAGAGGAAGAGAUGUUAGAGGUUUGGUAGAGAUGUUAGAGAUUCGGUAGAGAGGUACAGAGAUUUGAUUGAGAGGAAGAAAUGUUAGAGGUUUGGUAGAGAUGUUAGAGAUUCGGUAGAGAGGUACAGAGAUUUGAUUGAGAGGAAGAGAUGUUAGAGGUUUGGUAGAGAUGUUAGAGAUUUGGUAGAGAGGUACAGAGAUUUGAUUGAGAGGAAGAAAUGUUAGAGGUUUGGUAGAGAUGUUAGAGAUUCGGUAGAGAGGUACAGAGAUUUGAUUGAGAGGAAGAGAUGUUACAGAGGUUUGGUAGAGAUGUUAGAGAUUUGGUAGAGAGGUACAGAGAUUUGAUUGAGAGGAAGAGAUGUUACAGAGGUUUGGUAGAGAUGUUAGAGAUUUGGUAGAGAGGUACAGAGAUUUGAUUGAGAGGAAGAAAUGUUACAGAGGUUUGGUAGAGAUGUUAGAGAUUCGGUAGAGAGGUACAGAGAUUUGAUUGAGAGGAAGAAAUGUUAGAGGUUUGGUAGAGAUGUUAGAGAUUCGGUAGAGAGGUACAGAGAUUUGAUUGAGAGGAAGAAAUGUUACAGAGGUUUGGUAGAGAUGUUAGAGAUUUGGUAGAGAGGUACAGAGAUUUGAUUGAGAGGAAGAAAUGUUAGAGGUUUGGUAGAGAUGUUAGAGAUUCGGUAGAGAGGUACAGAGAUUUGAUUGAGAGGAAGAGAUGUUACAGAGGUUUGGUAGAGAUGUUAGAGAUUUGGUAGAGAGGUACAGAGAUUUGAUUGAGAGGAAGAAAUGUUAGAGGUUUGGUAGAGAUGUUAGAGAUUUGGUAGAGAGGUACAGAGAUUUGAUUGAGAGGAAGAAAUGUUAGAGGUUUGGUAGAGAUGUUAGAGAUUUGGUAGAGAGGUACAGAGAUUUGAUUGAGAGGAAGAAAUGUUAGAGGUUUGGUAGAGAUGUUAGAGAUUUGGUAGAGAGGUACAGAGAUUUGAUUGAGAGGAAGAAAUGUUAGAGGUUUGGUAGAGAUGUUAGAGAUUUGGUAGAGAGGUACAGAGAUUUGAUUGAGAGGAAGAAAUGUUACAGAGGUUUGGUAGAGAUGUUAGAGAUUUGGUAGAGAACUAGAAAUUUUGUGUAGAGCUAGAUUGCACCAGGAGCUAUAUGAAUUGUUGAGCAAUAUUUUACAAGUAUAAGAGAGGUAUGCAGGUGCAGCCAUGAGAAAAAAGGUUAUCAGUAGUAAGGGAUGCAUAAAGGCAUUUUGAUAUUUACUGAAAGGUAUGAAUGAAAUUUUGUAAGGGUAUUUUCAUAAAAUUGAGAAUGAAAUAUUAGUGAUGUAAACAUAUUUGAGUGACAGAAAUGAUGUACAUUUUCAAAGAAUCUUAUGAUUAAAGAAACUACUGUAUAUUUGAAAUCAAAAGAUGUGACUAUU